UAUAUAAAUAGAUACUUAUCUUUUUUGUAUGGUGGUUGUCGUUCCAAAGUAUUCCUUCUUAUCAAAGACAUAAAGGGGCUAAAUUCCUUGCCUCGUCAUCGAAAAGGGUUCUUCUGCACAUGGGCGAUGAAAUCCGGCGACCGUUGGUGGAGGUGUUCUCGGUGAGCAUCAACCACAUCGACGGAGAGAACCUCUACGGCACAAUCACAGUCACCGACGCACGGGGUUCUCAAUCCAUCUACAACCGAUCAAGAGAUCAUUACGAAUCCAUCAGCCCGGGCCAACCCGUUUUGCUGACUGGCCCAGCUCGAUCCAUCUUAGCCUGCGACAGCGUCGCCAUCGACGUGGCUCUCAAGGAUAAGGACGAUGAUGUCAGCAGCAAGCAGACAUGGUGGAACCCUUACCUCGCCACCCCCGAUAAGUAUGAUGAGCCCUUAUACGACGACUUUCCUCUCAAGAAUGGUUCGGUGACGGUCAACUACGCAGUGUUGAGUAUUGCGUUUGCGGCUACUGUGGAAGUUACGUUCGUAAACAGAGGUGGGGAAGGGGAAAACUCGGCCCAUGUUUACGGACUGCUUACUGCUCGCAAUGGAAACUUGAUGAAUGAAAGCGUGCUCUUCCGGAAGAAAUCAGAUGAGCACGUAGAUGUAAGGCCUGAGCAGCCCAUCCCGUUGUCGAGAUCUGUGGUGGCCGUGCCAUCGAACUCCUCCCUCAUAAUUCGGGCGGAUCUGAUGGAUCACGACGGUGAGAUUGCCAAGGGCACUGCAGAGUUUCCUGCUCAACUCUCCGGUACAUCUCAGAAGAACAUUUUCGGACAGCAUGGUGAGGUCCGAGUUAAGGUCACUUGGACACCAUGGUGAGAUCCGAGUUAAGGCACAAGGUAGCUUAAUGCAAAUGGUAGACAAUAUUGGAAGCGCAUCUCUUAGUCAUUCAAGAAUUGUGAACAAUAUAAGCAGUCAAAGUGGAUCAAUUGCUUCAAAAUUUGUUGACUUGAAUAUAAAUGUGGAUCCAAAUGCCCCCUUUUAUUUUUAGUUUUUAAGAGUAAUUUUAUGACUUUGUUUUGUAAACUUUGGAUACUUUGGUUUGUUUAGGAUCCAAUCAAGUGAUUUUGGCCUUAAACAACAUAUUUUGGAAGGUGACUUAUUAUUCUC